AUAAAGAACGUCAAAAAAUUAAUAAACAAACUUGCGUGACCGGUGUUUUCCACAAAAUCCUUUAUGGUACGAUCAAAUUAUAAGCAAAAUUUUGUAGAUAUUGAAAAAAAAAAUUCAUCGAAUAGUGUCAAGUGAUAAUGUCCCAUCCCUUCCUGCGUUCACCCAGACCAGUCAGCAUAUUAAAAAGAUACGUUAGCUCCGCAGUUUCGAGCAGUUCCCGGUGUCCCACUACUUGCAGAGAGAUUCGCCAGCGGUUCCUAGACUUUUUCGUGAAUGAAAAUGAUCACCAACUUGUGCGGUCCAGUUCGGUAGUGCCGUUCAGUGAUCCGACCAUUGCUUUCGUGAACGCUGGAAUGAACCAAUUCAAGAAUGUUUUCUUGGGCACGGCAGAAGCACCUUGUCUACGGGCAGCCAACUCUCAGAAAUGUGUUCGAGUUGGUGGCAAGCAUAAUGAUAUUAACGUAGUCGGAAGUGACAGUUACCAUCACACAUUUUUCGAAAUGCUAGGUAAUUGGUCAUUCGGAGACUAUUUUAAAGCGGAAGCCUGUGAGAUGGCCUGGCGACUUUUGAGGGAAGGCUAUCGAAUAGACAGUAGGCGGUUGUAUGUUACGUAUUUUGGAGGCGACGAAAGCUUAGGAAUACCAGCCGAUUUGGAAUGCAAGGAUAUUUGGGAGCGGUUGGGAGUUCCAGCAGAACGCAUUUUGCCCUUUGGAAUACGGGAAAAUUUUUGGGAAAUGGGCAGUUCCGGUCCAUGUGGACCUUGUACUGAAAUUCACAUCGAUCAUUCCGAUCGUUUUCUAGAUACGACAGCUAGGAAGCACUUGGUAAACGCUGAUGCCCCUGACCUAACCGAAGUGUGGAAUCUGGUUUUCGUUCAGUACAAUAGGAGUCUUGAAAGUGGAAAGAUAAGUUCUUUACCGAAGCAUCAUGUAGAUACUGGCCUGGGGUUGGAACGAUUAGUUGCACAUUUGCAGGGAAAAAACAGCAACUAUGAUACCGAUUUGUUUAUGCCAUUAAUAGAACAUAUUCAAAAAGUUUCCCAAAAAAAUCAAUAUCGAGGAACAUUCAACGAUAGUGGGAAGCAAUGUGAAUUGGAUACAGCCUAUCGAAUAGUAGCGGAUCAUACGAGAAUGAUCACGGCAUGUUUAUCGGAUGGAAUGUUCCCUAUACAGAACCACAAACUGCGUCGAAUCGUACGCCGUUCUCUUUCAAUUUCCGAUCGCAUUUUUGGUUACCCGACUCUUGUGCGUCAACUAGUUCCAGUUGUGGUGGAAAUAUUAGGCGACACGUAUCCUGAAAUGGGGAAGAAACUAGCCGAAACUCAACAAAUUAUUCAACACGAGGAGCACACUUAUCAACAACUUUGUGCCAACAUGCGCCGAGAAUCGCGGGCUCUGUUGAAUAAACUUUCCUACCUGGAUGAGGCCGAUAUUGUCGAUCAUCCUGGUUUGCCACACGCGUUGAAAGAGAUACAAAGACUGAAAACAGAACAGCGAGUUAUUCGUCUUAGUGGAGAGCAGAUCUACAAGAUGUACGAUACCUACGGUUUAGACGAGGACUUGCUGGUUAAGAUUGCACUUCACGAACAAAUGGAGUUAGACUUAAGUGACUACGUCAUUUAUUCUAUACGAUUGAAAAACGGAGCCAAGAUUGAGUUAGCCUCUCGGAUGCAAGAAAACUUGUUAACUUCUAACAAAAUAAAACAUGGGAUAGGUCAAAACCAAAUUUGUCCUACUCGAAAUGAGUAUAAGUACAAUUAUCUGUACAACAAGGAUAAACAAACGUACGAAAUUCCACAACUGAAAACCAAAAUAAUAUCAAUUUUUACAACCGAAAACGGAUUGUGCCAUGUCAUUACCGAGAAAAGCAACUUCUACUAUGAAUCCGGUGGGCAGCAAAGUGACAAAGGACGUCUGUGGACAGUCGGCGAUGCUUCAACUCAAUACGAAAUAAAAAGUGUCAGCGAAAAUCAAGGAUUCAUACUGCAUACCAUCGACGACGGUGCAGCAAAACUAUCGGCUGGAGAUGAAAUAAUUUUAGCUGUGGAUUCCGCCAGACGAAGCUCCAACAUACUACACCAUACGGCAACACAUCUGCUGAAUGCUACCGUUAGGAAAGUACUAGCAGUUCCUAUUUGUCAGAGAAACAGUUUCGUUGGUGACAAAGGACUAAAGCUAGAGUUAGCGAUAUGUGGAGCGGCUGUAGCCAUUAAUGAUGUCGAUGCAGUUGAACAUCAGAUCCGGCAGAUCAUUCUACAGAACGAAACUAUAACAACCCGCGUUUGCCACGCAGGCGAAGUUGAUUUCGAUCAGGUCACCACAAUCCCGGGAGAAAUUUACCCUGAGCGUGGUCUCCGGCUUGUGCAAAUUGGAUCUUUGAUUUCAACGGAAUUUUGCUGCGGCACUCACGCCAUGUCAACCGGAGAGUUGCAAGAUUUUUGCAUCACUAACGUCACACAGACCAAACCGGGUUGCUACGUUUUCCAUGCAAUCGCUGGCCAAUUUGCCAGCAAGGCUCAUCUUCUGGGCAAACAGAUCACCGAAGAUGUCAAUCAGCUAAGGAACGACAUGGAGAAACAGUUAGUAAAGGAAACGGCAAACGUGGAAACGCGCCUUCAACGAUUGAAGAAUGUACUUCUCGUGGGCUCGGAAAAUAAUAUCAAUCUUCCGUACGUGGUGCGGCAACGCUGCCUGGAUAUUAUUCAAGAUUUGUACAAACGAUUUAAAGAGCACUCGCGUGAAUCGCUGCGAGAAUUCAUCGAUAUGGAAAUGAAGAACCUGCAAAAAGAAAAACCUUUGCAAAACUACCCAUUCGUGGUACACUUUUUGGAGAGUUCACUCAUUCUUGAGGAAGUUCAGUUGAUUAAGGCAACACGGUAUUUCCCGGAUCGACCGAUCUUGGUAGUAAGCAUAACGGAUGAUCACGUGAAAGCGAGAGCAACGGUCCCAGCCAGCUGCGUUACGGAACAGUUCGAUGCGCAAAAAUGGGUCAAGGUGGUGGGGAAUGUUUUCAAAUCAAAUGUCGCCGCACCCAAAGGUCAGAAUGCCUCCGAAGUAUGUAACAUGCGGAGCAGAAAAAUCAAGACGCUUCAGUUUGAUGCACUACUCGAACAGGCCCUUAAACAAGCAUCUGAGUUUGCUAGGAACAAUAUGCAGUAGCAUGGCAGGAUUAAUGUGUUGACUAGUUAUAUGCAUAUUAAAGCUACUUAAUUUUAUAA